CUUGGCGCCUUCCGGCCUCUUAGGCUAGGCCAGAAAGGAGGCGGAACUUGGUGAUCUGACUGGCGGUUUCCCCGCCGGACUGAGAAGAGGAGCGCGCAGCACGUCGCAGGAGUAAUCUCCUUAGUCUCCUGCUCUCGCGACAUGGCCUUCAAUUUUGGGGCUCCCUCGGGCACCUCCGGUACCGCUGCAGCCACCGCGGCCCCCGCGGGUGGGUUUGGAGGAUUUGGGACAACAUCUACAACUGCAGGUUCUGCAUUCAGCUUUUCUGCCCCCACUAACACAGGCACUACUGGACUCUUCGGUGGUACUCAGAACAAAGGUUUUGGAUUUGGUACUGGUUUUGGCACAACAACGGGAACUAAUACUGGUUUAGGUACCGGUUUGGGAACUGGACUGGGAUUUGGAGGAUUUAAUACACAACAGCAGCAGCAGCAAACUACAUUAGGUGGUCUCUUCAGUCAGCCUACACAAGCUCCUACACAGUCCAACCAGCUGAUAAAUACUGCGAGUGCUCUUUCUGCUCCAACGCUAUUGGGAGAUGAGAGAGAUGCUAUUUUGGCAAAAUGGAAUCAACUGCAGGCCUUUUGGGGAACAGGAAAAGGGUAUUUCAACAAUAAUAUUCCGCCAGUGGAAUUCACACAAGAAAAUCCCUUUUGUCGAUUUAAGGCAGUAGGUUAUAGUUGCAUGCCCAGUAAUAAAGAUGAAGAUGGGCUAGUGGUUUUAGUUUUCAACAAAAAAGAAACAGAGAUUCGAAGCCAACAACAGCAGUUGGUGGAAUCAUUGCAUAAAGUUUUGGGAGGAAACCAGACCCUUACUGUAAAUGUAGAGGGCACUAAAACAUUGCCAGAUGAUCAGACAGAAGUUGUUAUUUAUGUUGUUGAGCGUUCACCAAAUGGUACUUCAAGAAGAGUUCCAGCUACAACGCUAUAUGCCCAUUUUGAACAAGCCAAUAUAAAAACACAAUUGCAGCAACUUGGUGUAACCCUUUCUAUGACUAGAACAGAACUUUCUCCUGCACAGAUCAAACAGCUUUUACAGAAUCCUCCUGCUGGUGUUGAUCCUAUUAUCUGGGAACAGGCCAAGGUAGAUAACCCUGAUUCUGAAAAGUUAAUUCCUGUACCAAUGGUGGGUUUUAAGGAACUUCUCCGAAGACUGAAGGUUCAAGAUCAGAUGACUAAGCAGCAUCAAACCAGAUUAGAUAUCAUAUCUGAAGAUAUUAGUGAGCUACAAAAGAACCAAACUACAUCUGUAGCCAAAAUUGCGCAAUACAAGAGGAAACUCAUGGAUCUUUCCCAUAGAACUUUACAGGUCCUAAUCAAACAGGAAAUUCAAAGGAAGAGUGGUUAUGCCAUUCAGGCUGAUGAAGAGCAGUUGCGAGUUCAGCUGGAUACAAUUCAGGGUGAACUAAAUGCACCUACUCAGUUCAAGGGUCGACUAAAUGAAUUGAUGUCUCAAAUCAGGAUGCAGAAUCAUUUUGGAGCAGUCAGAUCUGAAGAAAGGUAUUACAUAGAUGCAGAUCUGUUACGAGAAAUCAAGCAGCAUUUGAAACAACAACAGGAAGGCCUUAGCCAUUUGAUUAGCAUCAUUAAAGAUGAUCUAGAAGAUAUAAAGCUGGUCGAACAUGGAUUGAAUGAAACCAUCCACAUCAGAGGUGGUGUCUUUAGUUGACAGUUCACAAACUUGUGUAAAGGUUUGUGAAGUUCAUCUUCUUACUGCAUCAGCCCUUCCUUAAGAAUGAAACCGACCACGUGGAGGGAAAAAGAAAACAAUUCUCUCUGCGCUUGGUUUUUUGAGACGUUUACUGACAAAUUACUGUUCAUCAGAUCUGAAAUACAGUCACCUCACAGCUCUUCAAAGAAAACCUUUGAAAGAUUUAUAUCGAAAAGCUGUCUUUACUUUAAAAGGAGAAGUGCAUAAUUACCAAAAUUAUAUGUACUAUUGUACAUUUUUACAACAGCAUUUUCUUAAACAUAAUCUGUUAUGAUUAUUGUCCACUGAGCCUGUACUCUGCUUUCCAUACCAAGUAAGUAUGAAAUAAUCUUUGCACAUAACAGAAGAAACUAUAAUUACUUGGCUGUUGGAGAUUUGUACUUCAGAGUAUAAAUGUACACCAGUUUUUAUAUUUGUGAACUCAUCUGUGGGAGGAGUAAAGAAAAUCCAAAAGCAUUUAAUGUUUUCUUUUUGUUCUAUAAAGAUUUGAAAAUGUAUUUUUAUAUUAUUUUACUUAUUUGGAAUUUACAGAGCACAACUAAGCAAUUAGGAUAUAACAAAAUUAACCAUUUUUGCAACCAUUUUGUUUUUUAAGCCUUUUUAUUUCUAAAAAGAUGAAAACUUAUAAAUAAAUUCUUAAUUUGUAAUU